AAUAGUUGAAAGCAGUGAGCGUCAUGGCUGCCGGGAAGUAACGUUGCUCAAGUCGUCUCUGACAAUUUCUUACUUCUCGGCUCUUCCUUGGAAGACUCUGUCACUCUCUCUGUGUUAGAUAUAUGCUGUGCCUACAUGAAAAUCAGAACGAGAAUACUAAGUGUCGAGAGGAAUCCCGAGAGUACCUAGGGUGUCGCAUGGAAAAGGGUCUUAUGGCAAAUGAAGAGUGGAGCAAGCUUGGAUAUUCUGACCUCUCAGCUAGUGCACACCAUACGUCCUGAAACAUUUUACUGCAAGAUUCAUUAUAUAAAUUAAGACAAUGUCGUGGUUACCUGCACCAAGCACUGGCCCAAGGGUGAUCUUGGGCUGCACAGGAAGUGUGGCUACUAUCAAAGUUCCAGAAUUAGCACGAAAACUGCAAGAACGUGGAGCAAGUGUGGUUAUUGUUCCAACUGAACGUGCUUGUCACUUCUUGAAAUGUCAAGCUAAGGUAGAAAUGGCAAGUAGUCAUGGACCAGUUCGUGGGGGACUUGUUAGUUUUAUCAAACCAGAGAGGAAAGCUACUGAUAAUGGGGAGUUAAGAGGUAGUGAUAGUGAUGACCAAAACAGCAGCAGUGAUCACUGCAGUCAGUGUGGAAGGCGAACCCCAAUUAGAGGAAGAAAGCAAACUGAUGAUACCUUGAAAUCUUUAUAUCCAGAUUUAAAUUUUGUGCUGGACAGUGAUGAGUGGGCAGUCUGGAAUGGCCGUGGUGACCCGAUUCUGCAUAUCCAACUUCGAGAUUGGGCACAGGUGAUGGUGAUUGCUCCUCUUGAUGCCAAUACUAUGGCCAAGCUUGCACAGGGUCUUUGUGACAAUCUUCUUACGUGUAUAGUGCGUGCUUGGGAUUCUGUACGACCUCUUAUCUUCUGCCCAGCAAUGAACACACACAUGUACAAACAUCCUCUCACUAUGAGACACACUGGAAUUCUGAAGGAAUUAGGUUACAUAGAGGUGUGUGUGAUGACAAAACGUCUAGCCUGUGGGGAUGUGGGUGCUGGAGCCAUGGCUGAACUGGACAAUAUUGUGAAUGCAGUCAUGCAGGAGUUACCUGGUGCCCACAGGUGUGGGAAAAAUUCUGAAGGUAAUCGCAUGGAAGAGGGUGAGUAUAGCAAGUCAUGCCAGGUUAAGCCGAGGAGAAAGAGGUGUCAACUGCCCAUUCCCCAAAUCUUUUGCCUCCUUUCCCCAACACCACGGCCAGUCAUCCAGCCCAAGCCUUCCUCACCCACCAACCACAGACGUGUAAUAGAUGUGAUGUGCUGACAAACAGGACAGCAUAAAUAGUAGAGCUACAGUUACCAAUUUCCACCAGAUAAAUGUGCUGGAUGUGAGUAGGGCAUACCUAUGAUGGGCCAGUGAGCUUGCUGCAGUGUACCUCUUAUUUUAUGUAAUAGCUUGGUGUGAGUGAGACCUACCUAGUGUGGGCCUACUGUAGUGCUGCUUUAUUUGUUUAUUCUUAUGGGAUGGUUGGGUGUUAGUAGGACUUGCCCGAUAUGUGCAAGUAGGUCUGUUGCAUUACUUCUUAUUUGUAUUUUUAUUGAGUGUUUGGGUCGACUUAUUAGUCAGUUAUUCACAAAUAUUGCAAAGAUCUUAGUGCUUUUUUUUUUUUUAAUUUUCAGUACUAGGGUAGAUUUGUAUACGAGAUACUGUAUAAGAAAAAUUUAGGGAUAUUUUGGCGAAAACCAGGGGUCUAUCUAUACAGGCACUUGAGUUAUACUCUAAUAUAUAUCGUAUGUAUUCUCAAGAGUAUGUAAAAAUACCAUUCAGUGUCUUUUGGGCAGAUUUGAACCAGCUAGUUUUGAUUAAUAAUCAUGAUUUUUACAGGAUAAAAUAAAAUAAUGCAUCAAAGGUGUAGAUUGCACAUAUGGUAAUCAUAAUCAUAAUUUAUUUUCAUAGGCAUUCCAGGUGUGCAAGAUAAUUUAGAUAAUUUUCAGUUCAGUAUUAUUAAUACUGUACCUGGAUAUAUGAAGUUACUAGGGUGCUUUCAUAUUUCAGAGCUUGUGUAUUAGAAGUCACACUAUAAUGCUCGUUCAACAACUUCUUGCAGACAGGGAGAGUUGUACAUUUUCUUGACGAAAUUUGCAGUACUUAUAGUAAUGAAGUGUUGAACUAGUAUACAGAGUAAGUGCUUCAGUUAUAAGUGUAGCCUAUUACCACAAUGUGUACAUAUUUUACCCAGUAGGUUUUGCUGUUGCUACUCCUCCUAUUUGAGGGUACUCAUUACUAUUAAUGAAAUGCUAGUCUGUUAGCUUAAUAUUUUUCUAGCCAGCUAGAUUUGAGAAAAUACAUUGGACCUCUCAAGAAACCAAAAUUAUGACAUUUCGUCUAAUCUUUAAGUAAUUUAUUCAGCACUUAAGAGACGUUUGUUAGUAUAAAACAAGUGUAUUUAGUGCACAACUAUUAAUAUUCAAACAGAGCAAAACAUGGCUUUUUAAGAUAACUCUUAGCUGGGCUAUGAACUUUCUUCACUGCCCCUGUAAAAAUUAUCUUUGGUAUGCAACUUAUUGUCCUGGUAUUAUAGAGAAGUUACAUUGAAGAUUUCGAGGUAUUAGGAUCUUUGUAUCUUGUAUAAUUUAUUGAAUGUAUAUGGGUGUAAAUAAUUUAGAUAGCAAAUAUGGUACUGACAUUUAUGCUUUGGAAAUGCAGUUAUGAGAGAUAUACAAACUGGAGUGCUUUAAUUUUGUAAUGCAAACCUUACCAACAACGUGAGGAACAACAAUUAUUAAAAUAAGUAUUCUUGUUAGUGAUGUACAAUACGGGUUUUAGAGAAUUACAAGGUAACUUCUUUUAGAUGUGGUGAUAUAGUCCAAAUCUCUGAUCAUAGCACAAAGGUCCUGAUCACCAUCCAUUUCAUGCUCUCCCAGAAGUUGCUUUAGUCUGAGUCAUUUCACUUCAGCCUUGUACUGUACCACCUUGUACCUGGAUUGCAUAUUGCUUUAAAGUAUGAACUCAUUUCUUUGUAGUAAUUUCAUAUGAACUGGCAGUGUUCUACUGUGGUAUCCAUAUUUUAUGUGACGAGAAUAUAA